UGGGUUUUGCCUAUUCGGACUCUGCAGACAGGAAUGCGAUCCUAUAUUUUUAAAAAUAGAACUGCAGUUAAUAUGACUUCAAAAGGAACUAGACAGAAUUACAAAUGACUUAAGCGGAUCUCUCAAUUGUUUGGCGUUUGCGUCCGUGAUGCCUUCGAAAACCGACCUGGUUUACUUAUUAGAUCCAUGGAUAUUUUUGGGUCUGGGUCUGCUCUGGUGUGCUCUAGUUUGAUCUCUCUGCUCUGUUGUGCCGUCUAAUCUUCUCUAGUCUGUCUAUACUUGACCCGAGUCGGGUUUGGUCUCCUGCGGUUACUGUCAGCCUUGUUGUGGGCGUUGCAUUUGGUCCGGUCUCUGAGGCCUUGCUCUGUUGCGUUGCGUUUGGUCUGGUCUCUGAGGCCCUGCUCUGUUGCGUUGCGUUUGGUCUGGUCUCUGAGGCCCUGCUCUGUUGCGUUGCGUUUGGUCUGGUCUCUGAGGCCUCGCUGCGGUGCGUUGCGUUUGGUCUGGUCUCUGAGGCCUUGCUCAGUUGCGUUGCGUUUGGUCUGGUCUCCCGCGUCACUCCCCGGUCUGACCGGCCGUCGGGGCCCGCUCUGUCGAUGUGACCCGUCCGUCGGGGCCCGCUCCGUCGAUGUGACCCGCCCGUCGGGGCUCGCUCCGUCGGUCGGUGUCGGUGUCGGCGCCGUCAGUCGGUGCUCGGUCGGUGGUCUGUGAGGGCGUGUCGGGGACGGUGUGCCGCGCGGUCCAACAACAGGUGGGGUCGUCCCCUGAUCGGCGAGUCGCGGAGCGGCGCUGACCCCUGACCCGGCCAGGGCUGACCCCUGACCCGGCCAGGGCUGACCUCUGACCUCGCCCGGUGACAGUCCCAGCUGGGAUACUGUUCAGCUGCUGCUGCUCAGUCUACAGUGGUGCUGCAGAGUUGACCUGACCUGACCUGACCUGGGCGCGGCCGCCAGCCAUGGGCGCCGGCCAGUCCCAUUCGGAGGACGGCCAGGCUGUCAACGAGGAGAUAAACUUCGACCAUUUUCAAGUCCUGAGAGCUAUCGGAAAGGGCAGUUUCGGAAAGGUAUGCAUCGUGCGGCGGAAGAGCAACAGCCAGAUGUACGCCAUGAAGUACACCAACAAGCGACAGAGUCUGGAGAAGGAGGCGAUUGCCAACGUGAUCCGCGAGGUGCAGAUUCUCUCCUCACUGGACCAUCCGUUUAUCAUCAACCUAGUCUUCUCUUUCCAAGACGAGGAGGACAUGUAUGGUGACGGACUGCUGCUGGGCGCGACCUGCGCUACCACCUGUCCCAGGGCGUGACCUACUCAGAGGCCGGGGUCAAACUCUACCUCUGUCAG